AUGGUACUGUCUAAAUUAACUGAUCUAAAAUUCAUUGUUAAUGUCAAGAAAUGUGUUUUCGCAAAAACACAAAUCAAGUAUCUAGGUCAUAUUAUAGGAGAUGGUAGACAUGAACCAGAUCCUGAAAAGCUUCGUGCUAUUGAAAUCAUCGAAACACCUAAAACCAAAAAUUAUAUACAAAAUUAUGCUGAGAUAGCAAAACCACUGACUGAUUUAACCAAAAAGAAAGUUCCAGAGCUUAUUCCUUGGACUGACGUAGAGGAAUUAUCCUUCCAAAAACUAAAGAAGAAGUUGAUUGAAGCUCCUUCUCUUUAUACUCCAGAUCCUAAAAAACCACUAGCGCCUUUUGAUUUUAAACAUGAACAAGACAACAACCAUUGUGUUUCAGUUCAACAAAUGGAUGCCAAAUCAACCUAA